AUGAGAAGCACUACAGGAUCAUUCCGUCCAGGCAUGGAAGAAACCGCCUCUCCCCAAAGCAGAAUGGCUCAAACUCAAGGCUCAAUUGUUUCACUUUCUGGAGGACAAACAGCAAGUGGCUCAGCCUCACUCAAAGGAAAGCUUUUAAGUCUUGAAGAAAUGAUAAGGCAAAUAACUGAAGAAAUGAAUUUUCAUAAAAAAGAAGUCCAAAUUCUGAGAUCAGAAAAGGACACUUUGGAAAAUGUGCUGAAUAUGAAAGUUAAUGACGUAAGAAAAAGCUUGAUGAACGAAAUUUCAAGGGUGGAGGAAGAGAUGAAGAGGCAUUUUUCUCAUCAAAAAGCUGAGAAUAGUAGACUACAGCAACAAAUUACGCAGCUGAAAGGCGAAAAGACUGCUUUGGAACAACAAUUGAUAGCUUUGCAAAGAAGGAUUUCAGAACUUGAGAACCAGGUAGGAAAUGAGCCUUAA